AUGUUGACGUCCUUAGCUCCCACCACCACCAAAAAGGGUGUGCCGGUUGUGUUCCAUGAACCACAUGUGGAAACUGGAUUCCGCACUCCUCACCAGCCCUGGCGCUACUAUGUCUACAGUCUGUUCCAGAAACACAAUGAAUGCAUGAAUUGUUGGACACACCUGGUUGGCCUGUUCUUUGCUCUGAGCAGAGCCGUCGACUUUGCACAGAACCACAGCAUGCUGGGAGAUCCCCACAUGUGGCCCCUUACAGCCGGUCUGAUCACCAUGGUGCUGAUGUACCUGUGCAGCACGACAGCUCACUGUUUCUCCAACAAAUCAGAACUUGUGCACUACACAGCCUUUAUGAUAGACUAUGCGGGUAUAGGACUGUUUGGAGUGGGUAGUGUCAUCCUUCACCAUCACUACUGUCAUGAUGAUGCCUGGGUAAAUUCAUGGCUCCAGACUAAUGCUGUCCUUGUGGGGAUGAUUCUUGGUGUAAUUGUCUGCUUCUGUUGCAGUGUGUCCAAAGUUAUAUAUAAGAGGCCUUAUCCAGUAGCCAGGAAAAUUUGGCAGGUAUCGUCAGUGGUGGCAAUUUACACCUGGUUAAGUCUACCUAUACUACUGCGACUGUUUCAAUAUGCAGCUGUUGGUGUCUGGCACUCCAGCCUGGAUCAUCACUUACAACAGAUGAUGUGGUUUGCCAUUGCAGGAUUCUUCUUCAGCUCAGAAGUUCCUCAACGCUUUUUUCCUGGGAAGUUUGAUUUUGUUGGCCACAGUCACCAGAUAUUCCACCUUUGUAUCAUCAUGGUAACAGAGAAACAGCUCGACGGUAUUACUCAUGAAUUAGAAAGACUUGCUCCAAAGUUUUCUACCAUGGCUCUACCAACCUUCUGGAACAGUAUAGGAGCAGUGAUACUAGUUAUCAUCUUCAAUGGAAUUGUUGUAUAUUUGUUUCACCUUUAUGUGAAAGAAAAAUUGGUCUGUGAGAAAAAGGAGGAGUGA